AUGAAUUCAGUGCUGGGCAAUCAGACCGACGUGGCUGGCCUGUUCCUGGCCAACAGUAGCGAGGCGCUGGAGCGCGCGGUGCGCUGCUGCACCCAGGCGUCGGUAGUGACCGACGAUGGCUUCGCCGAGGGCGGCCCCGACGAGCGCAGCCUGUACAUCAUGCGCGUGGUGCAGAUCGCAGUAAUGUGUGUGCUCUCGCUCACUGUGGUUUUUGGCAUCUUCUUCCUUGGCUGUAACCUGCUCAUCAAGUCCGAAGGCAUGAUCAACUUCCUAGUGAAGGACCGGAGGCCGUCUAAAGAGGUUGAGGCAGUGGUCGUGGGACCCUACUGA